UAUUAGCAGAAAAUGAGAAAUAGUCAAAAUAACAAAACAGACGUUCGCAGUGCUAUGAGAGCUCAAAUAAUGCAAAGGAAACAAGUUUAUAUUCAUUUAGAAACAACAAUACUAAUGUUUUAACUCAGGAAGAGUUCAGGAAACAACAUUAGGUAGAAUAACCAGGAAGUUUUUAAUGGGGUUCAGUGCGGUGGCUCUUAAUUUUUUCCAGAGCUGUAUGUUCAUCCAUUGAUUAUUUACAUUUAUAUAAAUGGAUUGCCUAUGUGCUAUUACAAAUUAUGAUUCUUAAAAAAGCAAUUUUGGAUUAAAGCACUGAACUCAGGACCAGUUUAUGCUGCACUUACAGCAUAAACUGGUCCUGCACCACUUUUAAUCUAAAAUUACUUUUCUUAUUCUUAGUUUUAACUGAAUGUUGUUCAGAGUGAAGAAAAAAAAAACUAACAAGUGAAGCUUAAGAGUUACUUACACACAAAUUUGAUAUCAAAUACAAACCAUUGGAGGCUUACAGCAUUUGCUCUGUCAGGGUUUAGGUGAAGGUUACUGUCACAUGUAGUUACUGUCACAUGUGGUAGCUUGGCCAAGUUUAAUCCUUUUCAAACCCCCAAAGCUCUGAAAGAAGCAGCUGAUUUGUGUAUUUUUUUUCUUUGGGGUUUUUUCUGGUGCAGCAUCCAUCAACACUCGGCGUUUGUGUCCGCGCUGCAGCAUCUGGCUGUCUUUGUUGUGGCGAGUUGGGAGGUCAAGCCACAGUGGAGUCUCUCUUCAUGUGGCAGCUGUGCCGUUAGGUUUGGUUGUCCACUGUGGAUGCGGGUACCAACUCAGAUGUAAAGCUAGGAAACUGUGGUCAAACACCUUGUUUUUUUUUUUAGCAUUUUCUUAUCUUUUAAAAAUUUUAUCUGCAUGUGAAAACAAGGCAGCUUCCUUGUUCGAGUGCUGAAAGCGUUUCCUUUUAAACUGAAAAUGGAAAAUGGUGAUGUGGAUGGCAUUGAGGCAAAGAUAUGAGUGAGCAAAACUUUCCAAAACAAAACUUUAAAAAGAACAAAAAAAAAAAAAAAGCCCAACUGGUUUCGAUGCUUUUAAAGAUACAAAACCUCAAACAAAGAGCUCUUUGGUUCUGUUUGGGUUUAAUGGUUUGAGUCGAUUAACAAUAAAUCUCAAUUUCGAUUUUUAUCUUCAUUUGCCUUUCUCGAGACUUCCUCUGUGUGCGCUUAAGCUGCUGCAUUGUGAUCGUUUCUGGCUGAAACCUGCAGGUUUGUUCUUCUAUCACGGAAAUUUUCCAGACUGCAUGAUUUUAAUCUUUUCUGUGUCGUCAUGUUAGACGGCACCAAGUUUACCUCCAAUUCCCAAGUCAACACACACAAAUACGGUUUAGAAGUAUUUAGGUUUAAUUUAUCCCCAGACAGUGAAUUACUGUCUACUGAAGGGGAUUUAUUUUUUUUAUAAACAUUGAACCCUCUGAAGUAGAGGGAAUCAUCUAGAACCAAAGAGCACCUGUUCAACGGAAGAGCGACAUGCUGGAGAAAUGAGGCUGUGAGGGCGGACUGCAGUUUCCUGUUGUGGCUUUGUCACCAGUUUGUUAAUCUGCAAACUACAUGCAAUCUUAAAGUGUGGGUGUUUAAAGCUGAAUGUCUCAUCCAGACGUAUAAUUCCCCUCCCAGCUCCUCGCCGCUAAGCUGAAACUCCUGAAAUACGCGAUUCGACUUAGAGCCGCCGUCUGACCUGGAGCCCAACAACGAGCCGGAAUAAAAAGAGUUUUCUUCAUCAAUAUUCCUCCAGAACUUCAAGAGCAGGUACAGAUUGACUCCUCCCAGGCCUCAACAUGUCGGUCGACCCCGCGGUUGAGCUGCCCUUCUUCUACGGCAGCAUCAGUCGCUCGGACGCCGAGCAGCACCUGAAGCUGGCCGGCAUGUCGGACGGCCUCUUCCUGCUGAGACAGUGCCUCCGCAGCCUCGGAGGCUACGUCCUGUCUGUGGUCUGGAACCUGGAGUUUCACCACUACACCAUAGAGAAACAAUUGAACGGGACUUACUGUAUCUCCGGAGGGAAGUCUCACUGCGGCCCCGGGGAGCUCUGCGAGUUUUACAGCAAGGACCCCGACGGGCUGGUGUGUCUCCUGAAGAAGCCAUGUCUGCGUCCUCCGGAGAUGCCCGUAAAGGUCGGCGUUUUCGACAAAAUGAGGGAGAACAUGCUGAGGGAGUACGUCAAGCAGACCUGGAACCUGGAGGGAGAAGCCAUGGAGCAGGCAGUCAUCAGUCAGGCUCCUCAGCUUGAGAAGCUGAUCGCCACCACCGCCCAUGAACAGAUGCCCUGGUAUCACGGAAAAAUAGCUCGACUCGAAGGGGAGAGGAGGCUUUACUCUGGAGCACAGCCAGACGGCAAGUUUCUUGUCAGAGACAGAGACGAGGCUAAUUCGUUUGCGCUCUCUGUGAUGUACGGGAAAAUGGCUUACCAUUAUCAGAUCCAGCAGGACAAAUCAGGGAAGCUGGCUAUGCCGGAGGGAACAAAGUUUGACACAUUGUGGCAGCUGGUCGAGUAUCUGAAGAUGAAGCCUGAUGGUCUGGUAACUGUCCUCGGGGAGGCCUGCGUCAACGGCAGAACUGUAGAACAGAAACCCAGUGUUCCUUCAGAAAGGCGACCUCGAAAAAAUGCAUACACACCACCACCAGGAGCUGCUGCGCUGGCCUCAAAGAAAGUUACCCCUUCUGAGCGCGACCUUCUGCCCAUGGAUUGUGAUGGAUUUAACCCCUAUCACAACCCGAAUGAGAUCAAGAAAUUCAACAUCCAGCGGGACCAGCUGAUGAUUGACGAGGUGGAGCUCGGCUCUGGAAACUUUGGCUGCGUAAAGAAGGGAGUCCUCAGGAAAGAAUCAGGACAGGUAGACGUGGCCAUCAAGGUGCUGAAGAGUGAAAAUGAAAAGCUGGUGAAGGACGAGAUGAUGAGGGAGGCAGAGAUCAUGCACCAGUUGGACAACCCGUUCAUCGUCCGCAUGCUGGGCCUGUGCAACGCCGAGCACCUGAUGCUCGUCAUGGAGAUGGCGGCAUCCGGUCCGCUCAACAAGUUCCUCUCCACCAAAAAGGAAACUGUGUCUGUGGAGGACAUCGUCAACCUGAUGCACCAGGUAUCGAUGGGGAUGAAGUAUUUGGAGGAGAAGAACUUUGUGCACAGAGAUCUGGCAGCUCGCAACGUCCUGCUGGUUAACCAGCAAUUUGCCAAAAUUAGUGACUUUGGGCUUUCCAAGGCGCUGGGAGCAGAUGACAACUACUACAAAGCUCGUACAGCAGGUAAAUGGCCACUGAAGUGGUACGCUCCAGAAUGUAUAAACUUCCACAAAUUCUCCAGUAAAAGUGACGUGUGGAGCUUUGGCGUCACCAUGUGGGAGGCCUUCUCCUACGGAGGAAAACCCUACAAGAAAAUGAAAGGUCAGGAGGUCACGGCCUUCAUUAACAAUGGGGGCCGUAUGGAGCGUCCGCCAGUGUGUCCAGAGAGGAUGUACACACUGAUGAGAGAGUGCUGGACACAGUCCCACGAGGAUCGCCCCGACUUCAAGAAGGUCGAGGAGUCCAUGAGGACUUAUCAUUACUCCAUUUCCAGCAAGGCCAAGACUGAGGGAGCCGAAGCUGCUGCCAUGCCUAGCAAGUAG